AAUACACUUCAUGGAGCCAGGAUAUAAUAUCCCUUCUCGAACUACCCACUUGGAAACACGCUACAAAAACGAGAAGGCUGAGCUAAAAACACAGUUAGCCGCGGCUAAUGUGGCUCUGACGACAGAUUGUUGGACGUCACUGACUUCAGAAAGCUACAUUACAAUCACUUGUCCUACACUGAAAACGACUGGCAGGUAAAGUCAGCAGUCCUUCUCACGGAGAGCCUCUCAGAGAGACAUAUAGCUGAUAAUUUAGCUGACAAACUCAACCAGGCUGUGGAGUCAUGGGGACUCCCCGGGCAUGUAAUAGCCUGUGUGCAUGACAACGCUCGGAACAUCGUCUCAGCAAACAACCCCGCACGAGUCAGUUGGAAAUCAGUUUCUUGCUUUGCACAUACUUUAAAUCUGGCCGUCAACAACGGAUUCGCUGCUGCUGGUGUCAACCGAGUAAUUGCAGCUGCUGGCAGAUUGGUGGUUGUGGAGGAUAUUUGGUUCAUCAGAAACAUCCACCAUGAGUCUGUCUCAGCAGAGCAUCUGCAUCAUCUCAAGUUUACUCUUAAAUUCAGUGUCUCUAUGUUUUAGUAAACUGUCCUGCAAACAAGGCCACAGUGGUCCAACCUAUGAAUCCAUGCAGGCUGUGUUUGACCUACAAUCCUUCAGGCCAGCAGUGAACCUCAGCAAUCCCACCAUAACCAACAUCUCCUUCACUCUGUAUGCUGUCCUGGGGGUGAAUGAAAAAACACAGAUACUCACUACUUUCUUAUGGCUGAGACUGUACUGGCACCAUGAGUUCCUAGUUUGGGACCCUGAUGAGUGUGACGGCGUCACCAGGAUUUCUCUCCCUGUGAGUCGGCUCUGGUCUCCGGACAUCAUUGUGUAUGAGUUUGUGGAUGAUGAUGUUUCCCAAGCGUGUCCUUACGUCUACUUGAACUACACAGGUCGCAUCCGCUGGGACCGGAUGCUUAGGCUUGUCUCAGCCUGCAACCUGGAGAUCUUCAGCUUUCCUUUUGACGUGCAGAAUUGCACAUUUACAUUUGGCUCCUACAUGCACACCAUAAAGGACUUGAGGGUGAGUCCGGCCCUGACCUUUAAGGAGAUGUCUGAAAACUCAAAGCGUUACCUGGAAGCCAGUGGAGAGUGGGAGCUGGUGGACAUACUGGGGGAGACCUCCAUCCUCCAGUUUGGGGUUGAUGAGUUGGACAUCAUCACCUUCUGGGUGGUCAUAAAACGCCGGCCAAUUCUCUACGUGGUCAACCUGCUGAUCCCCAGCUCCUUCCUCAUGCUCAUCGACAUCCUGUCCUUCUACCUGCCCCCCCAUAGUGUCGACCGCGCCACCUUUAAGAUGACCCUCAUCCUGGGCUACACCGUCUUCCUGCUCAUCAUGAACAACCUGCUGCCCAGCACAGCAAACGGCACGCCCAUCAUAGGUAUCUAUUUCUCUGUGUGUCUGGCCCUCAUGGUCAUCAGUCUACUGGAGACAGUCGUCAUUACCAAUGUCCUCCACCACAGCUCCAUGAAAUAUCAAGAGGUCCCACACUGGAUAAGGGUGGUUGUGCUCAAAUACAUCGCCAACCUCAUCUGCUACCGAUGGUCGGAGGAUGUCCAGCCCCUGUCUAUACCACAGAAGGAUAAAACUGACAGCUCAAAUGGUGUUUCAGGGCCGUGGAUCAUCCAACCAGCAAGCCAGACACCUGACCAGCACCCAGCCAGCACCGGAGGUACAGCUGCUCUGCCUGAGCUGCAACAGAUCUGUCAAUAUCUAGGAGACCUUCGUGACCACCUCACCAAGCUGCAGAAGGAGAACGAGCUGCAGGACAAGUGGUGCCACGUAGGAUAUGUCCUCGACUACCUGCUCUUUCGCAUCUAUCUGCUGCUCAUCUCCUGUUAUGCCCUGGUCAUCAUCUUCAUGUGGUGCGUCUGGAUCAACCAGUCCUAACUAGACAUCGGUCAGCUGUGAAUGAUUGCUAGGAUCAAUUCUUAGGAUGUCUAAAUGACAAAUUCAAAAGCAAGAAGUAGUAGUAGUAGUGGCAAAACAAAGCCUCUGCCACCAUUUAUUAGUAGGUGUUGUUUCUGUAGUGUUUGUUCAAAUUUUUUCUGUUUGAUUUUGCUUAGAAAACCAUGUUUAUGCAAUUUUGCUAGUUUUGUAUCCAAGAGGAUGGACCAAUAACUAAGUACAAUAUAAUGGUUUAGGGACAAUAACUGUAUAUUCUUUAUUGUCAUCACCAUCAUCAUUAACAAAAAAAAAAUUCUAUUCCUAUGUGUUAUUUGCUGCUGUUGAUAAGAUAACUAAUCCCCAAACACAGUUAGUCUCUGAUAUUUUCUCUGUCAAAAUGUUAUUAUUUUGCAUCUUUCUUCAAGGACAAAAUCUAAAAUAUCAGAGUGACCCCAAAUUCCUCGAUUUCAAAACA